CACUCUUGUAAAAUUGUCGAAAAAUAAUUUUAUCCUUUGAUUUAUGUAGCCAAUCAGAUGAGUGAGCGGUUGCCCUGGCGGUGACUGAAGCGGGAAGUAUGGCGGCGGCGACGGCGAUGGCUAGCGUUCCUCAUCCUGUCGCUCAAAUGGCAAAAUCCGAAGGUACUGGUUUAGUUGACCUUUCAAAUCAAAGCCUCCACAAGCUGGAUCCAAACUUCUGUCCACCGGACACUCACACACUUGUCUUAGACCAGAACCAUAUCAUCAAACUGGAACAUCUGGAGAAGAAUGCAGCUGUUCAGCAGCUGUCUGUUGCCUGUAAUCGGCUAGUUCGCAUGAUGGGUGUGUCGAAACUCACACAACUGAGGGUCUUGAACCUCCCCAACAAUAGCAUUGGCUACAUCGAGGGACUGAAAGACCUGGUGCACCUCGAAUGGUUAAACUUAGCGGGAAACAACAUCAAGGUCAUAGAGCAGUUGAACAGCUGUGUAGCGCUGCAACAUCUGGAUCUGUCUGACAACAACAUUUCUCACACGGGUGACCUUUCAAAGCUCUCUGCCUUAAACACACUUCUUCUCCAUGGCAACAUUAUCACAAGUCUGCGUACUUCCCCAGCCCAUUUUCCUCUGAACCUCGCCGUUCUCUCAUUGGCCGAAAAUGAAAUCCGGGACCUCAGUGAGGUGUCCUACUUAUCAACUCUCCACAACCUUGAGCAGCUGUCUAUCAUGAACAACCCAUGUGUCAUGGCUACACCCUCAUUGCCUGGAUGUGAUUAUCGUCCGUAUGUUGUGAGCUGGUGCCUCAAUCUGAAGGUACUUGACGGAUAUGUGGUGUCACAAAAAGAAGGGCUUAAAGCAGAGUGGUUGUAUAGCCAGGGCAAAGGCCGUAUGUUUCGCCCUGGACAACACAUACAGCUAGUCCAGUACCUGGCUUCGACAUGCCCCUUGACCUCUUCAUCUUCACUGCAGUCGGCUGAGGAUGCCAAGCUGGAGAGGAUCCUCAGCAAACAGAGGCAUCACCAGAAACAGCUGCUCCAGGAAGAUCAGUACGAUUCCCCAAGUCCUCUUCACCCGACUCAGCUGGAUAUGGAUGAGCACUGGACUGAUCCAGCACAAAAAGGAGUGGCCACAACCCAGGUUCUUAAUGUCAUCAGUCAUCCAGAAGCUUCUGAACCAGUUGUCCAGGUGAAUACUUGGAUGGCCAAUACAUCUUCAUCGUACGUGCUAGGUGCCGUUCACACCCAUUCUCAUGGCGAGGACAGUCUGGUUUUAGAAGACAUGCAGACAGAUGAGGAGAAGCUCCACGGCAGCAUGCUCUCCUCAGAGUCCGCCUUCCUACCUGUGAGCUCCGUCGUGCGCUCACCGCCGUCCCCUGACAGUGAAGACGAAGAACUGGACGAGCCUGAUUCACUGGCUCCUCCAAAUCCAGCCCGAUCUCACCCUCAGAAGGUGGAGGAGGCAACAAGCUUUCAUUUUCAUCUCAAUCAAAAUGACUUGCAGACAAACAUUACAGACCAUAAAGCAGAUCAAGGAGAACACUUACAAACUGAUAGAUUGGUUCAUUUGCAAGUCAACAAGGACACAAAUGCCACAGAGGCAGGUACUGAGCUGAGAAGUCCAAGUGCUAAGGUGGCAGAGUGCCAUCCAGAUGCAGCAGCUGUGAAGAUUCAGGCCUGGUGGAGGGGAUACUGGACUCGACAGCAGCACACACAGGCCAAAGAGGUGCGCUGUGAGAUUCGCCUACGCCGACUACAGGAUCACAUCGUCUACCUCACAGCGGAGCUAGAGAGGAUGCAGAAAGAGCAGCAGGAGGAGAAGUUGCAGAGGAUGAUCCAGGAAGAAGCUGUGAAGUUCCUCUGGAAGCAGCUUCAGGCCAUGAUGGAGUGGCAGUGUUCAGUGAAGGAGCAGCUCAGCUGUUUAUCCCCCUCGCAGGGUAUCGCUGCUGGUCCCAUUCCUGCCUGCCCUAAAGUCACAGCUAUUCCUAUGCGAAAUGAGGUCUCUAUCCCUGAAUCAGGCUUUCAUUCUCCUGGUGAACAGCAGGGGGCACUGGAGGACAGUAUGAGCAGCGCAGCUACAGGUGGCUCCCCUGAAACCGUGCGGACUUUGCAACCUACAAGUUCACCUGGAGCAGGGGCAGAUGGUGACAGUCAGGAUAGCAGCUUGCUGGAGCAGUAUAUUUCCUCCGUGCAGCGCCAGGAAGAGGAGGAAGAUGGAGAAGGGUGCACUUCACUGUUCUCUCCUGGUCAUGAUUCACAGGUAUCUUCCUGUCCUGAUGGAGUGGAUGAAAGACAAGAGAACACUCUGCUGAAGUUAGAGGUGUGAAAAGAGAAAAAUACUGUUACAGCGGUCAUUUUUCUCAACAUAAAAGGUCUGUGUUACCUUUUUAUUCAUUAUGGGAAGGUGCUAAGUAUUGUGUUCUGGCACUACCUCUAUAUACAUCACAAAGAAUGUGAGAAUACGAGCAGUCAUACUAAGAGAAAAUACAUCACAAUACACUCUUCUAAAGUAUCCUGGAUAUCAUAAGUACUUUUUUGCUGACCGACCCCGGUGUUGCUGAGUAACACAUUAGAUUUUGAAUCGGAUAUUAAAAUGUAUUUUUGUACAGAAUAUUUAACUUUCCUGCCUUUUCUGUGUUAAAUCGUUUAUUUUUGUAGACAUGAAAUAAAAACAUCAGUGAAUGAAUAGGUUUUCGUAGGUUAUUUUGAAAUGCAGCAUGACUGUUUGGCUGACACUUAGCAAAGCUAUAUAUUGUGGUACAUACUCUGUGUCAGGAAAAUAUCUGAAGUGAUACUUUUGCCAUAUCGCCCAUGCCAAAACAAUAUAGGAUCUGAGUUACUCAUUUGUCUUAUGGACUUACCGAGAAGGUCCUAUCUUAUUUCCCUUAAUUUGAAAUGACCUUUGAAAGCAUUGGUUUUCAAGUCCAGCACUGGGGACAGCCAGUGAUCAUGACAAGUGUGUUCAGACCAGAGAAAUCCCCUGAAUAUGCUCUACAGCAGUGGUCACCAACCGUGUUUCUGGAGAGCUACCUUCAUGAAGACUUUAGUUCCAACCAUAAUCGUGUCCAUCAGAACAUCUAAAUCAACGCCUUAAGAUGUUCUUGAUCAACUAAAACAGGGUGUGUUAGAUUUUGUUUGGAGGUAGAUAGAUCUCAUUGAAGAUGAGUGGUGACCACUGCCAUAUAGGAUACCCAUGUCUGGUUUUGAACACCACCACCUUUAGACAGUUACUUUAAAAUAUGUUCAGCUGUCUGAAACUAUAAGAGGCAUUCGCUUGAUUGUUGACACCAAAAAAUUAAAUCCGUUUGAUGCAAAUAAUGUUUUUAAGGUGGUAUGGUUUGUUUGAAAUGCCACUUAGAAGUGCAUACGUUAUCACUCUGUUUUCUCUCAUCAAGUGUACAUGUCAUACAUGCUAAUAGCAUAACAGCUUCAAAGCAAUCAUGCAAAAAGUCGUCAUGCCAGGUUUCUGUGGUUUAUUUAUGGAAAUGACACAUUCUGCACGUGCGUUCUUCUACAGAACUGCUACUUCUUAUCGUACACUUUACAAGCCUAACGUUGACAUUAUUCACUAUGUUUGCAGACUGAACACACUGGCAGUUGAGAUGCCUUUGUUGUAAAUAUUUGUUUGUGUAAAUUAGGUUUAACCCAGUUUAUCAUCUCAGUUGUUUUUUUUUUGCCGCUUGACAUCAGUUUCACUCGAUUUUAUAAUGUUUUAUGCACUUUUGAGAAUAAAAGAUGUUGAAAAGUU